AUGUUUGACAAUGUCGAUGAAUUGAAAGAGUUUUUGAUGCGCAGUUUUUCUGUGGAACUAUCACCUGCUACGACGACAAGCUCAUUCAAUCUUGGGUAUAUUGCUGGAACAAAUAGGCGGGUGGUGAUAGCAAACAACAUCAACCUGGCCGAAGCAUAUUCUGUUGCUAAAGCAGGUUGGAUAACACUGUGGGCAGAGGCAAUUGUACCCCCUGCAGUGGCAGCAUCAAGAGGAACCAAACGAAGCCUCUCCCAUGCAACUGAUGACCUGGCAACAAACCCCAGUGGUAAUGGUAUUUACUUAACUUGUACAUCAUUUGAAAAAUGUUGUCUGUCUUACAAUUUCCAGCUAGGUAAAGUUAUACUCAAAUAUAUAUUAGGCUACAGCCUACAGUAGUAAUAAAAUACAAUUCAUAUCCAUAGGAUUAAAUUCUUCUGAAGCGGCAGGUUAUGAAAGUACAUUACAGCGACUCAAAACGAAGCAUAGUUCCAAUUACCCUAAAUUUAAACUUAAGGUUUGGGCUAAAAUGUUGGUAAGUUCUAAUGUAUUACUUGUAUGUCUCUAAGUUACUGCAUGCGGCAUGCUAUAUUCUAAACUUUAUGCUGUUUAACCAGUUGUUUUGUCAGUAAUUUACUCGCCUCGAAAUUGUUUAAUUAUAGACCAACAGCACUCACGACAGCCAUGAUAUGCCGCCAAAAAUACCUUUCUUUACCAGCCUUAAAGUGGGAAAGGUUAGAGGUGAUUCCCCUUCGUCGACUACCCCUGCAACAGUAACGACAGGAGCAAUACUUCCUGGUUCUGAAACAUCGGAAACAGACAUGACAGAGCAAAAGG